CGCCAGAAGCGUAUAUUUGUAAACAAGCAUGACUUUAAGAAAAGCUAUCGAAACACGUAAUAUAAGUAAAUGUGUUUUUAACUUAUCGGACUAUUUGUAUAGUUAUAAAUUCCUGUAAAAAAAAUUAUAAAGUUCCUUUCGCUGAUUUUAAAGAAAUAAAUCAUGGAUAUUGUAGAAAAAAGUAAAUCGGUUUGGACUGCUGCUAAAACGGACACUGAGAAAUUCGCAGCACUUAUGGUCAUCGCUAAACUUAUAAGAAGUGAGAAUCUUUCGGAAGAAAACACGAAAGAAAUUUUUCACGCUAUUGAUCAACGUUUUCUUCUGCGGUUGUUAGAAACCGAGGAAGAAGAAAGUGCGAUCCCAUACAAAACUCUUUCCAUCGCCAUAUUCUCCAGCUUCUGUAUGUUUCCAGACAUGUUUGAAUAUUCGAAUGUGAUGUGCUUUGUUCCCGCAAUGCUUGAAGUACUAAAUUCUGAUAAUUAUGAUGAGCUAAAUGCGUCAGUGAAUGAUUCUUUAGACAUUAUUGCCGCUAUGUUAGGAAAAGAUGAUUGUAAACAGCGCCUAUUAAACCCAGACAUUCUGAAUGGAUUGCUCAAGCAAUAUAAAAUGUCCAAACAGAUUAAAGUUUUAGCAGUGAUCAUGAUGAUCACACUUCAACCUGAAUAUAACAAAAAUCCUAGCGUAACUGAUUUAAUUAAUGAACUAGCUCACGAGUUUAAGACGGAUGAAACGAUGAAAAAGUUUGAAAUUUGCAAUUACUUAACAUCUCUAUUACUGAAAUAUACAGAUUGCUUGAGUUUAGAAACCAGUUGUGUCAUUCAAAAGGGUUUGUCAAACAUACUGCAGAGUAAAAUCGGAAAAACUCAAAGAGAUUCGGCUUUGAAGUUAGCCGGGAUCAUCGUGCACAGAUUCGGAUCUCGAUGGUUUGCCGACGACUCUGAUGGCUCUGAGCGCUUUUUUACAAUUUUAGUACAAAUCACUAGUGUCGAAGUUUGUAUGCUUUUAGAUGACAAAUCAGUUGACGAAGUCAGUAGAGAACUAUUUUUAUUAAGUUCUUGUUAUUGUAUAUUAGAGAGGGUUAUUGGGAUAAUGGUAGAAGAAAGCCUUUUUCAAGGAAAUCAAAAACCAAUUGAGCAAUUGCUGAAUUCUAUAAAUAUGGCUUUUAAAUCUAUUUUAGAUUUUAUAGGAAGCUUGUCAGCAUUAUGGGAGAAAGACGAUCCUGUAUUGAAGCUUUCAAAUUGUCAGGAUAUUGUGGUGGCAACGAUAAGAGUGUUGUGCUGUUGGCUUGCCGAAGAGACGUAUGCAUUACAGGACAACAUCGUUGAAAUCUUGCCUUUUGUUCUUGAUGUGUGUAAAAAGUCUGUCUCGCAGACAGCAUAUGGAAAAGAAAUAGCAGAGUGCAAGGUUAUUCACUUUUUUAUACCCCCUCUGUGUCAUCUCACUGCCGAAGACAAAACGCGAGAAAUAUUGCUCAAAAAUGAUCUUCUUCCACUGCUCUUCAAACACAUGGAUUUCUUAUGGGGAACUUUUCAAGAUAAACGAGUACCGGAAAAAGAAACGUCCCUCGCUACUCUUUGUGGCAUAUUUCUGAAUAUCGUUGUCCUCGAAUCUGAAUUGGUGGCUGAAACGGACGAGUUUUUCUAUUUUUUGAAAUUUCUUUUUAACACUCUGCCCCAGUUCACUCCCAAACUGGAAAUGUUACCGUUGAAGGCAAAUUUCUCGGUUUUGGGUUUAUUAAUAACGAGACAGUAUUAUAAAAGAGUUAAAACGUGCGAAACUAGUUUCUAUGGUUUUCUUUCGUCUAGUGUUAAGUUUUUGUGGGAUGCCCACAAUGCCGAAGAUAUAAACGGAGUGACUUCGUUUUGCAUUGUGAGGGAAUAUCGAGAAGUUUGGCGUGAAAUCAUGGAACUUUGGUUUCUGGGCAUGCAAGCACUGUCCACCCUACUUCCUCUAAUGCCAUGGAUAGCCGGAUUUCUUGUGGAAAGUGGUUGGCCACAACACAUCAUGUCGUCCUUUGCGAGGGUCGGGGAACGAGGAUUAGAAGGAAAUGUGAAGUCGACGUAUCAAGCUUUUCUGAGUGCUCUGGUUAAAGUCAGUGAUGAGGCAGUUAUGUCUCUUUUAAGUUGUGAUUCCCUCAAUGUCUGUAAAAAGCAUAAAUUAUCUGAACUUGAAUCAUUAAUGCUCAAACUUUCAAUUCAGUAAUGAUAUUUCCUUGUUGACGAUUUUUCAUUGAAUUAUUUUGUUGUUAUUUGUAGCUGUCAGCUUUACCGGAUUUUGCUUGUUUCUCACAAUUUUCAGAAAAUUCCAUAAAAUUAGGGGGGGGGACACUUCAAGAUAGAAUGUUUACUCAGCGCAUUGUUUGCUUGAGUACUUCUACAAACUUUAUGUCUUAAUUAUAGUAAUCAGUUUGAAUCUUUUUUUAUUGAAACAUUCUGAAAAUAUCAAUCUUUCCUUAUUCAGAAACCUCUAGUUUUAAAUUAAUUUGAAUAAUAUGUUAUAAUUAUCUAAAAUGAUUUCAAUAUCUGUUACUAUUCAAAAUAAUGAAUUCACAAAUAUAAUAAGCAUAAUAUUUAAAACAUUUAAUAUUCAUGUUUAUUUAAUGUCUAUCAUAAAUUUAAAAUAUUAGAGUAAAUUUCAAUUUGUAGUUAUUAGUAUAAAAUAGCUUUUGCAAUUUAUUAGUUUUUAAUAUUUCAAAAAAUUCUCAGUGUCUUAUAUAUUAAGAUGUUGCACAAUAGUUAGCAUAAAAUUUAUAUUAUUUCAUAAAAUAUACUAGAUUAACUAUAAUUUAUUUUUUAAUUUUAUACUUGCUAAUUUUAUGCCUAACUAACCUUAACUAAAACUAUCAUACUUAUUGAAAAUAAAAAUUAUAAAUGGUAAUUAAUUUAUUGUGGCACGUUUCUUUUUAUUUAAUUUUAUUAUUUUUAGUUAAUAAUUAAAAGAAUACAAUAGUAGAAAAUAUUUUACUAUUGGUAUCUGUUCACUCCUGUUACCUUUAUCAAGGUUUUUUUAACUUUCAAAAAAUUUUAAAAAUAUAUAUAUUAUGGUUUGCCCAGUUACCUUUCAAGUUGACAAGUUAUAUUUUUCGAGCUGGCCAAUACUUGGAAGUUGCCAAAACUUGGUGAAUGUUUUGGCAUAGAUAUCAAUAUGGUAGUAGAUUUAGACAGAUUUUAAUAGAAUUCGUGAUUUUUUUAAAAAAAUUUUAGAUUAAAAAAAAAACAGAUUUAUUUCUUUAAAUCAGAUUUUGUUUUAAUGCAUAACUUUAGUUUAGAAGUUAGUUUAAUUUCACAAAUAAAAUAUUAUUGAAAAAAAAAUCAUAACAAUACAUUUCAAACUGUUAUUUCUUCAUAAAAAAUAUAUUUUAUUGUGAAACAUAAUGCAUGAUUCAAAUUUAUUCAAUUUAGAAUAAAUAUUUAUCAUUAUUAAUUACUUAAAAGGUUAAAACAAAAUAAAUGGUCGUUAUUUUUCAAUCAGACUUGAUUUAUAACAGUAUUUUUGCUACUUUGUGCAUCUAUGUAAUGUUUGUACUCAGUGCAGUCUUUCCUCAAUAUUCAACUAAUGAACUAGUUCAUGUUUCUUUAAGUGGAGUGUUAUUGGUGAUUUUGUUUUGAGAACAAAAAAGUUUUUUUUAAAUUGUAUGUAGUUUCAUUAAAUCUAAUUGCUUUUGUUCUUUUAAAUUAAUAAAUUUCUUUUAAAAGCA